GCCCACUAAUAAAAGAAAGACUUCUCUAGACGCUUCACUUGUCUUUGCUUUUUACUAAGUUAGGAGCCAUGGCACAACAGUUUGUAGAAGGGAAAAUCAGCGGAAACAAAGUCGUCGUAUUCCUGAAGCCGACGUGCCCUUACUGUGUCACCGCGAAGCGGGUGUUGUCCAAGUACAAUAUUAAAAACGGGCAUCUGGAGUUUGUGGACAUUAGUAAUCUACCGGAAGUGAGCAGCAUUCAGGACUAUUUAAUGAAGAAAACUGGGGCGAGGACGGUUCCACGUGUAUUUAUUGGUGAAGAGUGCAUUGGAGGUGGGGAUGAUGUGGAUCAGCUAGACAGGAGAGGACAGUUGGAAGGGAAGCUGAAAGCCAUUGGAGCUAUGAACUGAUACAAGUGCGUAUCUGGGAAGCAGCCUUGUCACAUGACAGCACAGCACGAUUUUUGGACACAGAAUUGCUGCCUAAAUUUUGCAAGGUCCUGCAUGUAUACCCUUGAAGGCCACCUGUGCUUCUCGAUGAAAUCUUGGUC